AUGAUAUCAGAUGACAUAACAGGAUUGAAAACAUUUUUAGUGUUAGCAGAUACAAAUAGGAAUCAGGAAUUAGUGUGCUUUUGCAUUUUGCGAUCAUUGAACUGCAAGCAUGCAUUGCGUGCAAGUAUCAGCCAUACGGUUCGUUUUAAUGAUGAUGGGAAAAACAGAUACGAUAAAAUAAUUUUAAUUUUAUCCAUCAACAAUUGUUUCCGGAUCACCAAUCAGACUUUUCGUCAGAUCCACAUCAUCACAUGUAAGAAACCAGGAAUACGAAGCACCACAACCGGUACUCAUUCUAAAAGUGUUAUUUUAUAA